GAGACGUCUGUGGCGUUGGCGGCGGUGGUGGCCCCUGGGGCCUGAGAAGGUGGUGUGGCUGCGGGUUUUGCCCAGGGAGCGUGUUCGGGGCUGUUUCUUGGCCGGCUUCACGGGGACGCCACUGAUCAGCGCCGGAUGUGACCUUCUUGGACGAUUCAAGUUCUUAAAAAGUUUCAGUGUACAUUUGAGGUGGCUGUUUAUACAAAGGAAGCACUGGGACUUGUGGCUACCUUCAAGAAUAAAAAAAUAGAAAAUGGAACAACCAUGUGUGUUAUGUGAGGAAGAACAGGAUCCAGAACCACAGAGCAUAAAAGGAACCAAACAAAUAGAUGAUGAAGAUGCUGAACUGAUCUUUGUUGGGGUGUCUUCAAAUUCAAAACCAGUUGUUUCAAAUAUUUUGAAUAGAGUGACCCGAAGAAAAGAUACUGUUCGUAGAUUGCAGCCUACAAGUCAUGUGACCCCUUCAUCAGAAACAGUGACUAUGUUGCCAGUAUCUCAAUCUGAAUCAAGAUCAACAGAUAGUCCUAUUAUUAUUGAGCCUUCGUCUAAGCCUGAUGAUAAAAGUAAUUCACCAAAAGUUGUGCCUAGUAGCUCUUCAGAAUCAUGUUCUCCUGUGGUUACCCUCACAAGUUCAUUGCAUCAUCCAGUGAAAGCAGCACUUUCAGAAGGAGGUAUGAAUGAAAGUACUUGUAUAUCAAAGCGGUGUUCCAAUUCUGAAGUAAUUAGCAUAAAUCCCAAAAAUCCUAAACUCAGUGAUGGAAUCACAGGAGGAGGAUAUUCUUUAACUUUGUCCCCUCCAAGUGUUUUUAAUAAUAAUAAUCCUCAGCAGAGUACAUCCAAUGAUGUCCAUACCUCAGUAAGCCAUGUUCAGAAUGUAUUAUCUUUUCCCACAGCUUUUCCAAAGGACAGUCUCCAUUUAAAGCCUAUAACUAUAAAUCCUGAUAGGGAAAAUGGGUUGGCAAAAACAGAAUUUUCAGAUCUAGCAAGUCAAAAUAAGACCUUUGAUCCCAAGAAAGGGAAUUUGAUUCUAUUACUUAGUGACUUUUACUAUGGACAACAUCAAGGAGAUGGGCAGCCAGAACAGAAAACUCACACAACCUUUAAAUGCCCCAGCUGUUUGAAAGUUCUAAAAAAUGUUAAGUUUAUGAAUCACGUGAAGCACCAUUUGGAACUUGAGAAGCAGAGGGGUGACAGCUGGGAAACCCACACUACCUGCCAGCACUGCCAUCGGCAGUUUCCCACUCCCUUCCAACUACAACGUCACAUGGAAAGUGUACACACUCCACAGGAGCCCUCUGCUGUCUGUAAAAUUUGUGAGUUGUCAUUUAAAACAGAUCAGAUUCUUUUAGAACACAUGAAGGACAAUCAUAAGCCUGGGGAAAUGCCCUAUGUGUGCCAGAUUUGCAGUUUCAGAUCAUCAGCCUUUGCUGAUGUGGAAACACAUUUUAGAACAUACCAUGAAAACACUAAGAAUCUACUUUGUCCUUUUUGUCUCAAAAUUUUCAAAACUGCAACACCAUAUAUGUGUCAUUAUAGGAGGCACUGGACCCAAUGUCAUCAAAUGUUUAAGAAGCCUAAGCAACUAGAAGGAUUGCCUCCUGAAACAAAAAUUGUUAUUCAAGUGUCACUGGAACCUGGUCAACCAGAAUCAGUGAAUGUAGCGUCUAUUAUUCUGAGUACAACUGAUUCUGAACCAUCUCCUCCCAAAUCUAAAAAUAGAAUUUCCAAAAAAUCUCAUUAAUUCUAUUUUGGGAAACCAAAAGCAAAUAUUUCAGUUUGA